AUGACUGCCCUGCCCGUUCCGUCAGUAGAGGCGGGCUCGGUCCUUAGAGGGAACUUUGACUAUCUUAAGUUGGAAAAUGUUCUCUACUGGCGGACUCUGAGCGGUGGCAGAGCAGCUGGCAAGUUUGUGCGGCUGCCAAAGGACGCCUACACUCCUAAUUUUAUUGGCCUACUAAAACAGAUUUCCUCCCAUUAUCGCGGCUACAUGUAUGGACAUGAAUGGAUGAGCUUAAACAACAGGGCGAAAGACGACUACGGCAUCGACAACUUCCCGAUGCACAAUGAUGAACGAGCACUAGUUCCCAGCAACACGGAGAGGUACCUUGCCAUCGCUGGGGUCUUCAACGCUUUAGACCACGAGAUCGCACUCGCUCGAGGUUGGACGAUCGCGUUGGAAACUACGCGGACGCGGCUGCAACGUGCUAAGGCCGACCGCCUAGAUAACUGUUCGUCCCGACGGCUGUGA